CCGGCGGGUGACGGUGCGGACGGGUCAGAGGCGUAGAGGCGGCGGCAAAAUGGCGGCGCCUGAGGAGCGGGACUUAACCCAGGAGCAGACAGAAAAGCUGCUGCAGUUCCAGGAUUUGACUGGUAUCGAGUCUAUGGAUCAAUGUCGCCAUACCCUGGAACAACACAACUGGAACAUAGAGGCAGCUGUACAGGACAGACUGAAUGAGCAAGAAGGUGUACCAAGUGUCUUCAACCCACCUCCGUCCCGACCCCUACAGGUUAAUACAGCUGACCACAGGAUCUACAGCUAUGUUGUUUCAAGACCACAACCAAGGGCAAGUUAUUUUGCAGCUGGGGAUAUUCUUUCUCCUCUAUUUCACAAGGGAUUGCUAGGAUGGGGUUAUUACUUGAUUAUGCUUCCAUUCCGAUUUACCUAUUACACAAUACUUGAUAUAUUUAGGUUUGCGCUUCGUUUUAUACGUCCUGACCCUCGAAGUCGGGUAACUGACCCUGUUGGGGACAUCGUUUCAUUUAUGCACAUAUUUGAAGAGAAAUAUGGGAGGACACAUCCUGUCUUCUACCAGGGAACAUACAGCCAGGCACUAAAUGAUGCCAAGCGAGAACUUCGAUUUCUGUUGGUCUAUCUCCAUGGUGAUGAUCAUCAAGAUUCUGAUGAUUUUUGUCGCAAUACUCUUUGUUCACCUGAUGUCAUUUCGCUUAUAAACAAUAGGAUGCUCUUUUGGGCAUGUUCCACAAACAAACCUGAGGGAUACAGGGUGUCCCAAGCUUUGCGAGAGAAUACAUAUCCAUUCCUAGCUAUGAUCAUGUUGAAAGAUCGGAGAAUGACUGUGGUCGGGCGGUUAGAAGGUCUCAUUCAACCUGAUGAUCUCAUUAACCAACUGACAUUCAUCAUGGAUGCAAACCAGACAUACCUGGUUUCUGAACGCUUGGAGAGGGAAGAGAGAAACCAGACCCAGGUGCUAAGGCAGCAACAAGAUGAAGCCUACUUGGCCUCCCUCCGAGCUGACCAGGAGAAAGAACGGAAGAAGCAAGAGGAGCGAGAGCGGAAGCGACAAAAGGAGGAAGAAGUACAACAACAGAAAAUGGCAGAAGAGAGGCGGCGACGGAAUCUACAGGAAGAGAAGGAGCGGAAGUCAGAGUGCCUGCCACCUGAGCCACCCCCUGAUGAUCCUGAAAGUGUGAAGAUCAUUUUCAAGUUACCCAAUGAUUCCAGAGUAGAGAGACGAUUCCAUUUUACACAAUCUCUAACAGUAAUCCAUGACUUCUUGUUCUCCUUGAAGGAAAGCCCUGAGAAGUUUCAGAUUGAGGCCAACUUUCCCCGACGGGUGCUGCCCUGCCUUCCCUCAGAGGAGUGGCCCAACCCCCCCACGCUGCAGGAGGCUGGACUCAGCCAGACGGAAGUGCUUUUUGUUCAGGACCUCACAGACGAUUGACGCUUUUGCCCUCAGCCCCACUCCCUCUAUCCCCAAAAGAAAACAAAAUGAAAAAAAGAGAAAUUCAUAUUAUUAUUAUAAUACAAUAUUUUUUUUAAAAGACUGCUGCAUCCUAAGAGGGCAGGGGUGGGGGGACUGGGAAUCAGAAACCAUGCUGCCUGUAUCAACCACAACCUGUGUGGUCCGUGAGAGAGGGAACUAGCAAGUGCGUCUCUUCUACAAUCCUACUGCUUCCCUCCUGCCUGUGUUCCAAGCCCCUGCUUUCCAUUCACAGGGAGAGAUACAAGAGAGAAUGCCUCUUCUGAUCAACCCAUAACCCUUUUGGUGGGAUGGGACACUCCCUCACCUGUUCUCAUUCUUUAUAGCUUUUAUAGAAAAAUAAUAAAACCACCAACAACCAACUAUAUCCCAACGUCUACUGAAGAAUUGCUCCUCUUACCUCUAUGGAGAGGAGAUUGAGGGAGGAGAAGGGACAGACUGAAAUGUUUCUUCAAUUUCCCACUAUAUACAAUCUUUUUUUUUUCUGUUGCUUUGUAAUGACCAAAGGAAUGGGGCUGAUAUUUUUUCCCUUGAUUUUAUUUGCUAAAGAGCCAAUCUUUACCAGAUAAAUUUUUGUCCUGGGUUUCUUAGCCUACAUAGUGUAAUAAAGGCUCCGUGGGUUGAUUUGUGUUGAUACCCACUCUUGUCCUCCACAGCUCUCCAAAGAGGCUGUUGUAGUCUACGUUCUUGUAUUUAGAGCCCACUCCCAUGCAUACACUAUUAAGUGUGAAUCAGUGGGUGAAUUCUGGCCCACUCAGGAUCUAAGUAAUAACACACACAAUACAACUGCACACAAAUGUAGCUUUUUCAGAGGUCUCAAUCAGACGGUUAGUUUGGAGUCUGAACCAAAGGAUGUUAGCUUUCCUUUCCUGUUGUCAUACAGGAAUCCUCACUCCUACUUCCUCUUACCCCAUUCUCCUCAGAGAUUUCUGGUUACAGGGUUGAGUCCACAGAGAAACAGGAGUUACCCUGUUUGUGUGUAUGUGUGUUGCAGUGUAACUUUAUUUUUAAGUACAAAAGAAAUAAAGGCCUUGAAGGGAACCUGGGCAGGAAUUAUAUGCCUAAAGUGGAAGGCAUGUGUGUUUCUCCUGUAGAUGCUUGCUUGAGGCAAGACAUUUUAUUUUUGUCCACUGAAUGUUGUGUUGAAGUCAUAGGGCCCUUGGACCACAGAUUAAUAGGCUGUGUAUUAUAUACCUGAAGCUCUAGCCCAGGGUUGAGUUAAUGAUAGUGAGAAUCUAAUUUAGGGCACUGAGACCAGUGUGAACUGAUGGGUAACCUAAAAUGUUCUGUAGUGAAAGUACUGGCUACUGGGGGUAGAGAUGCAGCCUACUGAGACUGCAGGCCCCAACAUACUAUGGGGCCAGGGUAUUCACAUCAAGAUAAGAUUUAAUUUGUUGGACCUACAGACUCCAGAGGCUGCAUCUCUUAUUUAACUUUAAGGCAGCUAUUUUAUGCUCCACAUUAUCAGUGUUCAGUUCAUCCCUUUCGUCCGGGAUGUCACCAGUGGGGACAGAGUGUGGGACCACUGAGGAGUCACCAGGAGUUCUGUGAAUAUCUCAUUGUCUGGCAUAUGCAACCAUAUCUGAUACAUGAACUCUGGUAGAGUUAAAAUUUUUCCCUGAACUUACAUUACUUUUCAGCCCAGUUUCCUACUAUUUUAGGACUGGAUUAAAAGAAAACAAACCACAAGCAUAUAGCUUAAAAACUGGCUUCACAGUGACUUUAGAAACACAAGCCAAGUUCUUCAUUCAACUCUAUAUGAAGUCUGUUAGUGUCAGACUAGAUAGGAGAUACUUUUCAAUUUAAUCCUGAGUCAACCUCCCUGCUUGGAGUAUACAGGUAUCCUCUUAGCAGGACAUGGAAGGUUAGUAAAUAUCUUAAUAAAUUCUAUGUUUUUCAGAGGAUAGUGUUAUGCAGAGAUGGAGCCCAUUUGAUCUCAUUUUUUCAGUAAUUUUUUUCCAGUUCUUUAAUUAUUAAACCUCUGACUUGAUUUAGAAUGCUC